AUGUCAAACGCGCUCAAGAACAGCCGCGACAACGACGCGACCGGUUCGCUCGACACCCAAGCUGUCCUCGAUGAUUACAUGAAAACCUACGGCACCGGAAAAACAAACAACAUCCGCCCGCCGUCAACAACCUCAAAUCAGUCGUCCUCCUCGAAACCAACCCCAGCGCAGCAUCCGACCAUGAGUAAAUCGAGAAGACAGAGGGAUGAGGACCUGUUUCCCCCCCUGACACAGUCGGAGGAGGACAGGAUCCGAAACUCUCGACCAGCCGAUCUGAUCGAAAACAAGCCGCUCGAUAUGGACGCGUACCGCGAGUGGAAGGCCCGGAAAGAAGCGGAACAGAAACGAAAACGCGAGGAAGCACAAAAGCCAAAGGUGUCAUGGUUCAAGCCGUCUGAACUCUUUUUCGUGGCCGCUCAGUGGGAGGCGGAGGAGAAGGAAAGGCAGGAGAAAAAGAAGGAACGGGAAAGGGAGAAACAGUUGCGAGCGGAAGAGGCGAAAAAGGCAGAGGAACAAAAACAGGUCGAAACGCAGCCUUCGGUCCAUUCCAACGAUACAACACAGUCAAAUGGCGGGAGAGUCUACGAGAGAUAUGUUGCUGCAGCUUCACAGGCAAAUACGAGAGAUACUCUUCGAAGCUCACCAAAACUUGAUGCAAGCAGUCCUGCUUUGGAACCAGCCUCAAUUCUAACAACCGUUCCCGACCCGCGAGCAUCACGACUUCUCGACACCCCCGCCACUGACAAGACUACAUCCACGACCCAAGAUGGGUCAGGUCGCGUUGACUUUGGCAGCAUUGCGCGCAUGCGCAACAUGCACUCGCAAAAACAACAGGCCUCGCCUGCCCAACAGGUUCCCGAGACUCCAAUCUCAGAUAAUAAUCCGUUCCGCCAAGGCAAAUCGCAGCUGUUGGGUCCCUCGCAGCUAUUCGGAGCUACACAGUUUUCUUCUGCCGCGAAAGCACUCGCUAGUCCGACCUCUUCACGCCCUUCCCCGUCCGAUUUCAUGCAGCACACAGUAUCACCGAACUUAGCUGUCUCGUCACCACUGCGGGCCCGGGGUCUGCGCUCAUCCCCGACGCAAAAUGUACCAUCAAGCCCAGCUGCCUUGCCAAAUGCGCCUCCACCGAGGGCAACACAACGAAGGAUCGUGAGUCCUGGCCCCGGUGCCUUGGAAGACGACAUGGUGAUCCCGGAAUCGCCGCAAACAAAGCUACCCAAGAAGGAGAAGAAGGUUGCACAAGGUCCCUUUGCCAGUUAUGAGCCGGUGGACAAAUCUCAGGAGCGAUGGUCAAGUUCGGUAACGGGAUCAGAUCCUCCAGGCCCUCAGAACGAUGAAGACACAAAGACAUCCAUUUUCAGGCGUGGAAAGGCAAAGUUGAGAAAAAAGGCUGCGUUGGAACAACUUACUGAGAUACGGCUUCCGCGGGUGGCCAAGUCGGAUGAUAUUGAGAUCCCGUCAUCUAACAAGAACAGGCGUGGCAAAGCAAAACCGGCAACGCAAGAGCCGGGGCAUGGGGAUGAGGAACCAACAAUACCAAAUACGGGAGAAGAAUCUCGGGGGCAAGGGGUUAAGCCUGCUGCGGUGCAUGCAGUCGAUGAUAAGUCUACGCAGUCUGGGCCACAUGAGGAUCCAGCACCGAAGCCAGACGCCGUCUUCAAGGUCCCACGGCCAAGCCAGCGUCCAGCACCGAGGCCUCAUUCGUCAGUUCACGAGAUAUCGGGAGCUGAUACGUCCGGUGCAGGCGCGGUCCCUACACCGGGUCCAGCCGAUAACACGAUUGAGGAGGAACCGGUGCUGGAACCUCCUUCGUCCUCUCGACUCCCCGCCUUACCAGCACCCUCCGAUACAAUUCCUUCUUCGUCGCCACCAGUGUUCGAAAGAAGAACUAGGAAGAAGCGGGUAUCGACCUCUGCAGAUCAGGCAGCAAGAAUACCGACAUCGAGCACAAUGAGGACAGCCACGGCCAGACUGACAUCGUCUGCCGUCGAUGCCGCUGUUCAGACAACCUCGGAUCUAUCGAAGCUCUCCUCCACCCCCGUCAUGCCAUCCAGUGCGGUGGCGGCAAGGGAACCCUCGGCCAGUUUCACCAGGCCCGGUCUUAGUAGUUCAUCUCCGGCGCCCAUGAAUGGCCGCCGUCGUGACGCUGCUCCACGGCUGCCCACACUCCCAAAGACCAGUUCAACGGAGAGCCUGCGCCAAUCGGCACGAACCCAGAGGCGACCCUCCAGUUCUGCCGAUGAGCUUUCAGCCUCUGGAGCCACGAUACCCACGUUCGAUCAGAGCGUUCGUAUGUCUCGAAGUUCCUUGCUCAAACCCAACAGGAUAUCAUCCAUGACUGCUCCCGCUCAACGUGGGACGAAGAUCUUCGAUGGCAUGGCAUUUGCGAUAUCGUUCCAGUCGAAGCGACCGGGCGAGAAUCCGGAGCAGCACAAUGCACGCAUGGAAACAGCGGCCAACAUUGAAAAACGCAUCAAGCAAGCAGGUGGUCGGAUACUCGACAACGGAUUCGACGAGUUGUUUGAGCCCAUUCUCGUCCAACCUGCCGCCUCCUCGUCCAAAGACAAGACUCACAAUCCGUCACCGUCGGACGAACCACCCAAGCUACUCCUCAACAACAUCGGCCGAGACACCGGCUUCACGGCCCUUAUAGCCGACGGCCACUCCCGCAAAGUCAAAUACAUGCAAGCCCUCGCGCUCGGACUUCCCAUCCUCGCAUCUCGCUGGGUCAUCACUUGUCUCUCUUCCAACUCGAUAAUCGACUGGUCGCCCUACCUUCUUGCCGCUGGACAGUCCGCCUUCUUAGGAGACGCCAUUCUCUCACGUAACUUGCAGCCCUACGAUGCCAGCACUGCAAAGCUCGUGGAGACGGUAGCGAGAAGGGGAUGCUGGUUGGGCGGCAGCAGGAUUCUUCUCGUCGUGAGCACGGGCGGAGACAAAAAGGGGAGAAGGACGCAGAAGGAGAAGGAUAGGGAGAAGGCAGAGGAAGGGAGGAAGAUGGCUUAUGUUUUCCUUGCUAGAGUCUUGGGAGCGGAGUUGCGGAGGGUGGGAAAUGUGGAUGAAGCAAAGAAAGAGCUGGAGAGGGCGGAGAAAGAAGCUGAAGACGGCAAGGGGAAACCCUAUGAUUGGGUUUAUGUGGAUGGGAAGACCGAUGGGGCGGAACUGUUCACGGGUCCUGCUGCUAUGGUAGGGGAGAGCGAUGCCGGCAAUGCCAGUGCUAGUGCGAGUGGUGCCGGAAAGGACAAGAAGGGCAAGAAGAGAAAGAGGCAGAGCGUUGGAUACGUCUACGAGCCAACCGUGGCGGAGAAACAGCCGCCAUUGAAAAAGAUCAGGACACUCAGUGAUGAGCUGGUCAUUCAGAGUCUGAUUCUGGGGAGGAUGAUUGAUGAGGAGGAGUUUAGGAGUAUCUGA